CCUCCCUCUCUCUGUCUCCCUGCUCUUUAGCGCUCCAGCGAUCCACGGCCAGCCUUCCUUCCCAGCGCUUCAGCGGCCAUCUUCGACAACAUGAGCUACAGGUCCACCGCCUACUCGGUCCACAGCAGCGGCGGCAUGCCGUCCGCCAACAUCUCCAUGAACCGCUCCGGGUCCGGCCCCGCCUACCGGGCCUCCAGCAUCUACGGCGGGGCGGGGGGCCAGGGGGCGCGCAUCUCCUCGGCCUCCUACUCCAGCCUCCGCAGCGCUGCGGCCCCCGGGGCCUCCUUCUCCUCCUACCAGAUGAGCAGCGGCGGAGGGGGCGGUGGCGGUGGCGGCGGGUUCGGCGGCGGGCUCAGUUUUGGGGCCGGCGGGGCUGGCGGCGCCGGGGGCGGCGGUAUGAUCAUGGGCAACGAGAAGGGCGCCAUGCAGAACCUGAACGACCGGCUGGCCACGUACCUGGAGACGGUGCGCAACCUGGAGCAGGCCAACAGGAAGCUGGAGCUGCAGAUACGGGAGGCCCUGGAGAAGGGGGGCCCCGACGCCCACGACCACGACCGCUACAGGGACGUCCUGGAAAACCUGCGCAAACAGGUCUUUGAUAUGACGGUGGACAACUCCCGCCUCGUGCUCCAGAUUGACAAUGCCCGUUUAGCAGCAGACGACUUCAAAGUGAAGUAUGAGUCGGAGCUGACCAUCCGGAAGUCGGUGGAGGCCGACAUCGCCGGGCUGAGGAAGGUGAUCGACGACACCAACGUGGGCCGCCUGAACCUGGAGAGCGAGGUGGAGGCGGUGAACGAGGAGCUCAGCUUCCUCAAGAAGAACCACGAUAACGAAGUCAUGGAGCUGCGUCAACAGGUCGCUCAUUCGGGAGUUCAGGUGGACGUGGACGCCCCCAAGGGGCAGGACAUAUCUCAGGUCAUGGAGGAUAUGAGAGCAAACUACGAGAAGAUGGCGAUGAAGAACGCAGAAGAGCUAAAAGCGUGGCACGAAUCACAGAUCUCAGUGGUGCAGGUGCAGGUAUCUCAGAACACCGAGGCCCUUCAAGGGGCCCAGACAGAGAUGGGCGACCUACAGAAACAAGUUCAGACACUGGAGAUUGAACUCAUGUCACAGAAGAACUUGAAAUCUUCCCUAGAGGACACUCUGAGGGACAUAGACAUGCGCCAGAACAUGGAGAUGGAGAAGUACAACACCAUAGUCCUGCAGUUGGAGGCAGAGCUUACAAACCUGCGCAGCAACAUCCAGCACCAGACCCAGGAGUACGAGGCGCUGCUCAACAUCAAGGUCAAGCUGGAGGCCGAGAUCGCCACCUACAGGAGCCUGCUGGAUGGCGGGGAUUUCAGGCUCCAGGAUGCUCUCGUAGGCACUAAAGGCAUGAAAGAUGAAAAAUGAAGACCGGAAACCUCCAGAUCCUAGUGUCCUGGACAAGCACCAAAACCAUCAGAAGUCCUGACCUUUCCCAUCCCUUAGGUCCUGAUAAACCCUUUUAAGCACAUGCACCUUCUGUCACACCUUCCUUUCUUCCUACAUCCAAUAAAAAAAAGGGUACUCGUUUCCAUCUCCUUUGAUGAUAGAGUCAGUGCAGGGGAUCCUCUGACUGUUCAGGAAACUGAGGUUCUUGUGCAAGGUCCAGGAAUAUAUGUGGGUUCUGGAUAUGCCUGAGUCAGAACAUCAUUCCUUUACAUGCAGUUUUUCCAGUGACAUCAGCUCUUGUGUCAUACUUUCCCUGUCACUCCGUAUGCAAUAAAAGUUGCUCUCAUUUUCA